AUGGUCAAGUUAUCCACAGUGUUUUUCAUCCUCGCGGUCGUUGUAUCCGCUCAUGGCGCACAUUGGAAUAUAACCGUUGAGAGCGAAUCUUUAUUCUGCACGUUCCUUCCAAAUACUCCUCAUCAAAGGAUCGGUGAUAGCGAAUCAACUGCCAUCCCGUUCUGCACCGAAUCAAGCCCCAAAGCAAAGGGUGCCAAAAUUUUCCCUUCCGGAUUCAUCCGAAACAAGAAAUUUUUAAAAGAAGAUGGUUAUGUUCAAGUCACUGGUAGUAUUGAUAUAACUAAAUACGAUUUGUUUGCAGAUGACGAAGGCGGCCAAUAUGAUGCUAAUGCUUCUCCACAUUCAACAUGUGUCGGUUUCAAGAAAUUUGUGAGCCUAAUUGAACCUAAAGAAAAACAAUUCUGUAUUCGUUGCUGCAAUGACGAGUCAAAGUGCGAUACUAAUCAUAGCGACCAAGGAUGCGAUGCUCUCAUCCCUCCUAAAGGGUCAUAA